AUGCCCCUCACCCGCGCGCUCGCGGAAUGUGGUUUUGCGAGGCGUGCUCCGUCAGCGUGCCGCGGAAUCCCGGCGCGCUGAGGCAGCACCUCGAGGGGAAGCGGCACGCAGCGAUGCGCUUCUACGGCGACCCAACGGCGGCCGUCCGGCGCAUCGAGCUGCGCAAUCCGGGCCCGUCCCAGUCUCUCGAACUGGCGCUUCGGCCGCAUGAGGUGAGCGACGCGGCCGCCGCCGCGACGUGCGAGGCUCGCGCGCUCGUGCGCAAGAGGCUAGUGGUGCACACGGGCGUCGCCUACCAGAACCAGGCGUGGGCGCUCCUCACGCCGGAAGCGCUCUGCGGGGGGGUUCUGCAGCUCGAAGCGGCGAUCUCCGCCCGGGCCGUUCCUUGUGUGGAGUGCCUCGACCGCGCCCAGUGUGCCUGCGACACCUUCGAGGCGCACUGCGCGCGGCUGCUGUCCGGAUGCGCCCCUGCGUCGCCGCUCUUUCUGCUCGCUCUGGCGCAGCGCCUCGGCGGCGGCGGCGGCGGCGGCCGCGGUGGAGGCGGUGGCGAUCGGGGCGGCGGCGGUGGCGGGCGCCCCUCCGUCAGGCCGGCUCGCCCUUCCUCCAGCGCCGGGCCAAGCUUGGCUGCUCGGGUCGCAGCCCUGCCGCACUGCAGCCGGGAGACGUCGGGCGGCGCAGGAGAGAGGCUCGUGGUCGCCGUCGCGGCUCGGAGUGGCGUCCUUGCCGAGAUGGUCCUGGUGACUGCCCUCGAUGCUCUCUGCGCCGCACUGCCACGCGCAGCGCACAGCGUGCCGUUGCGGCGCCCUUCGGCCGCCUCGCUAGGCGGCGGCGGCGGCGUUCCUCCCCCGGGCGGGCGCCUCGACCUCACGCUGCGGCUGGGCGGCGCCGUCUGCUCGCGCCGCCACGCUGCCCAGCUGCUAAAGACGCUCGGAGGCGCGCUCCGCGCGGCCAGCACGCCGCUCGGCGUGCGGCGCGUGCGGCUCGAGGUGCGCGGCGACGCGUGGCGAGAGGAGGACGGGAGGGCGCUCGCCGCGGCGGCGGCGGCGCACUGGUGGGCGACGGCCCGGAGCGUGCUGCUCGGGACGCACGAGCGGGUCGGGGCGGCGAGCCCGCUGCGCAGGCUGCCGCUCGCGUUGGUGCGCUUGAUCCUCGAGGCAGCGCGGCCGCAGUGUGAGGUUGCCGCCGAGCUGGUGGCGGAGGCCGGGCCGGCGCCGAGUGAGCCGCGCGCUGGUGCGGGCGGCGCGGACCUCGACUUUGUGGCCUCGCUCGUCGGCUGAGUCAGGUGGUGUUCGUGCUGGGGCGUCACAUCGGACUGGUGAUUCCGGAACUGUGCUGUACUUUACCUCUUUUUAUUAGAGGCGACGCAGUGUUGUCGAUUCACUCGAUUGAAGAUUUUGAAAACAC